UUGGGGAAUGCCGGAUUCAAAUUUAUCUUGAAUAGAUACAGAAAAUACAAGAAUUUGAAAAUAUGAGAAAUCAAUCUAAAGAGUUUGCCCAGAGGCAUGCAAAGCCCUUCUUUACGAAUUCCCAAAGAGGAGGUAUAGACAUGGAAGACUGGAACAGGAAUAAGUUAGGUUAUGUUCAGUUCCGUCAAAUCGAUAGAAUAGAACUGAUUCCAAACGCAUUAGAGGCAUUAACUCCUCUCCAGUUUGAGGAUCCUGACCCUAACCUUGUUGAGCUCAAAGAUCUGAAAUAUAAUCAUGACGAUGAAAGAAUGAAAUAAGCCCAAAAAGAUUCGAAAAUAUUCAUCGAAUAGGAAGCUAAAUACUGAUCUUUAUACUGGGGAGAACUGGGCUUUAAAAUUCAAGAUGAUAAACGCAGACUCAAGGGUUGUCAAGUCUAUACUACAAGUUCAUGAAUUUGAGGAAACUCAAGGCCAUGACUGGAAUAUCUUAUGGACCAAUACUAUCGGAAAGCCUUACUUGUACACAGGUUUGAAUGAGUAUCAGAAAGUAAAUCAUUUCCCAUCUUCCUAUGAAAUCACUCGUAAAUAACAACCUUGCGAAUAAUGUGUAUGUGAUGCAGACGCAAUUCAGUAGAAAAGAGUUUGAUGUUAUCCCUGAGACAUAUGUCCUUCCAAAGGAAUUCGGCGACUUUCUCAAUAGCUUUAAACGAAGAGAAAGUAAUGACCAGAUUUCUGAGAAUAUAUGGAUAGUCAAAGCAAAUGCUCUAUCCCGAGGGAGAGGAAUUUAUCUUAUAGACAGCCCAGCACAAGUCAAUAUGGAAUCUCCUUGUGUGGUGAGUAAGUAUAUCUCAAAUCCUUUGCUGAUAAAUGGCCAUAAAUUUGACCUCAGACUUUAUGUUCUAGUGACUUCCUUCGAUCCAUUGAGGAUUUAUCUGUACAAAGAAGGACUGGCUAGAUUUUGUAGCGAGAAGUAUAAUUUAGAUAAGCCCUUGAAGAAUAAAUUUAUGCACUUGACCAACUAUUCGAUAAAUAAGAAGAACUCUAAGUACGUUAAAAAUGUUGACGAAGACGAUGCUUAUGGAUCUAAAUGGUCCCUCACUGCCUUGAUCAAGCAUCUUGCUGGCAUUGGUUGCGAUACAGAUGAAUUAUGGAAAAAUAUCACCGAUAUCAUAAUUAAAUCUAUCAUUUCAGGUGAAAAACAUAUUUCUUCAGCAAUCAAGAGGAAUCUAGAGCACAGAGGCACUUGUUUCGAGCUGUUUGGGUUCGAUGUGUUAAUUGAUAGUAACUACAAGCCUUGGGUAAUGGAGAUUAACCUAUCUCCUUCCUUAGCAUGAGAUGCUCCUAUUGACUUCAAGAUAAAAUCAAAGUUAAUUUAUCAAACCUUAAAUCUUGUUGGAAUUAAGCAAUUUGAUCGUCAAGAAGAAGCUAGGAAGAAAAUAAAGAAUCGGACUAGAGCUGGAGUAAACCAUUUAACAAAAGGGCCUCAAUUUAGUAAACUUCCUACCCCAUCUCAGAUCUUAAAAACUCCAAUCGAGCUGUUCGGGUCUGGUUUUCUAAACAAAGCUGAUAUUCAGGGGGUUAACAAACACUCUUCUGACAAAUUAUCAAUGGACCAAGAGACAAGAGAAACCAUCAAAGAUAUCAUUGAGAAUAAUCUUAAACUCCCUGAGGGCCAAAUCUACGACUUGUUCAAGAAGAUUACCUACAAGAAGAAAGAGGUAUUACGGGACACCCUCUUUGAGAGCCAAAGGUUGGGUGACUUCACUCGGAUCUUCCCUGUAAAGGGGACUAACAAAUACCUCAGAUAUUUUAGCAGCCAGAGUAACACGAAUAAAAUCACAUAUGAUUUCUUCUACAGCACCAUAAGUAAUGAGGAAGAGAAGAAACUUCCUGAGGAGAAUAAGGGUAUUAAUAACUUCUUUGAGCCUAAUAUGCAAAACUCUGUGUUUAGUAAUACGAAUAAGCACUUCUUGAAUCUUGAGUCCAAGCUCAGGCCUCUGAGAAAGAGACCAGACUCAGCAGCUCAUGCUUGUAAAUAGCACUCUCAGCACAAGAUCCAGCACAAAACCCAACGAGUCCUCAACAACCCUCCACCUUCCUCUCAAGAAGAAGUCGACUGAAGAUAUCCUGAUAGAUUACUUUCAAGGAAUCCUUGAUAACAUAAAGAAUCAGUUUGCUUUCUUCUCUAAUAAACAAGCACCCGUUAUUUGUUUUGACCAGUUAGAAGGAGUACAGAAGAUGUAUGAGGGACAGAAGAGAAGGAGAGCAAAAAGUUCUUAUGGGAGAGGCAAGAGAAAUAUAAGGUCAAGUUAUGCAUUUUCGAGUUAUUUAGUGCAGAGAUUUGGAUGGUUGGAGAGGUAUUUUAGUAUGACGGUAAAUGAGCUGGUAAAAGAUAAACGGGAGCAGGAGGUUUUGGGAAAUGAGUUGGUUUCGAUUAUUAAUAGAUUGAAAUUGGUUAAACCGAGGUCUAAUAAAGGGAAAAACUCAAUGACAAAUAUUGAUAUUAGUUCACAUGACUCAUUUAAUGAAAAGCACUCUAUACCAGUGAUCAGCAGGCUAAGAAAAGGAAAGUAUAACGGAAUACCUCGUCCAAAUAGAGCUCUUACAGCAAAAUAUCGUCCUAUGAUGGCUAAGAAUUCAUUAAGACCUCCAACUGCAGCUAUUGCUUCUCGUAAUUUCUUACCUCCAAGACCCUUAGGAAAGAAAUAUUCGAAGCCAAGGAUAAAUUCAGCUUAUGAACAUCAACUUUUGGGACCAAUCGUGACUAAAAUAUCAGGGUCUCAGUCAAGAAUACUAUAA